AUGGCACGACUCACUACAGAAGAUGCUUAUUGGCGAAAUUAUGUUUUAACAACACUCAAUGAAUUGAUCAAACGAGCUCAAUAUCGAAUACCUACAAAUACUUUCACAAAAAUGUGCAAGAUUGAUGAUUUUUAUAUUCCUUACACCAACAAUACAAUUCAAAAAGAUUUUAAACGAUGCCUCAUCCAUUUGAAACGUCAAAUGAAUGAAAAAGUUGAUAAUAACAUGAAGAACACGACCAAAAAAUUAAGUUCAUUGCAAAGGUCAGAAAAAUCUAACAAACAUGAAUUUCCUUUUAUUAAUGCGCCACAAUUGUUAAAUCUUACAGACAACGUUAUUAACCAGUAUGCAACACGAUUAAAUCAUUCAACACCAAACAAAUUCAAAGUAACAUUUAACGGAGAAGGAUCAGUUGGAAAAAGUUCAUUAAUUUAUGUUCUUAACCAUGGAGUUUUCCCAGAUUAUUGGAUGUUUAGAACAGACGGAGCCACAUUAAACAAAACUCUGUUCAGUACUGUCAAUAUUGAGAUAUCUCUAUGUGACACAAUAGCUCAAGAAGAAUAUGAAAAAUUACGAGUUCUUUCAUAUCCAGAGACAGAUCUAUUUCUUCUAUGCUUUGAUGUGUCAAAUUUAGACAGCUUUUGGAAAGUAUACGACUAUUGGAUCCAUGAAAUUCGAAAUUUUUCAACCACCAUUCCCACCCUUUUGAUUGCAUGUAAAACGGAUUUGAGAAGAGAUACAAAUACUGUACAACGAUUGAAAGAACAACAUUUCCUUUCUCCAAUAACUCACUCCAUGGGAGAAGCUCUUGCAAAGACAUGUCAUUGUUUAUCCUAUUUGGAAACAUCUUCUUUGGACAAGUGUGGGUUAGAGGACUUGAUUACAGUUCUAUUUCGAUCUGUUAUUUUGAAAGCAACCCAUGGAUUCCAAAAAUUAUUUCCACAACACUCCAAUCGUUGCAUGUUGCAAUAA